UAUGGCCGGUCAGACGUGCAGCGGCAGGGUGUCACGGUGGUGUUAGUGCCGCGUUAUUUAUGUCGAAUUAUCGCAAGUCCUGUCCUAAUCUCGCGUGUUUUCAUGGGAUCGGGGAGAUUCUGUGCCUCAGCAGGAACGCGAGUCGCCUGAGUGCAUAGCACUCGGCCCCACAGCCAGCAAACAUGAGCGAAGUCAGCAUAUCAUCGGCUCGCGCCUCGGUGAUGGUCUACGACGACGUGAACCGGAAAUGGGUGCCGAGCGGAAGUUCCUCCGGGCUGUCGAAAGUCCAACUGUACCACCACCAGGUGAACAACACCUUCCGCGUGGUCGGCAGGAAGCUGCAGGACCACGAGAUCGUCAUCAACUGUGCGAUCCUGAAGGGGUUGAAGUACAACCAGGCUACAGGGACGUUUCACCAGUGGCGGGACAACAAACAAGUCUACGGCCUCAACUUUUCGAGUAAAGACGACGCGGACGCCUUCGCUAGGUCGAUGCUUCAGGCACUUGAGGUGCUGAGCAACGGAAGCAACAUAUCACGAACCCUGGGCCCAACAGUCGCUCCAGCAACGCCGCAGCAACCCGUUUACCAGCCGCAGCCGCAGCAACAACAACCAGCCCCUGCACAGUACGACGAGGAUAUGGGUUACAGGACCAUGACCAGGGAAGACGUCGCGAUAAUACAGGAACGCAGGAUGUCCCAACAGAGCCAAGCAACAAAUAGUCCCAGCGCCGUAUCGCCGAGCUGCCCGGCAGCAAACCAGCCGCAGCAGCAGCAACAACAACAACAGCAACAACAACAGCAACAACAGCAGCAACAGCAGCAGCAGUCGGGGCACCACCGAACGUCCUCGGCGCCGCCAGCGCCGCAACCACAGCAAGCCGCACUACCGGGGACCCUGACCGCGGUUCCACCUCUGCAAAUGUCGGCCGCGGGUCCGCCGGUUCCUCCACCUCAACCCGCUCCUCCGGCUCCGCCGUGUCCGCCCGCGAUGAUGAACUUGAACGCGCCCGCGCCGCCUCCGAUGACGAGCCAGUACGCGUCGCCGCCCCCGCAAACUGGGCUCCCCGGUCAGGCGCAGUCCCAGCCGGUGUACGGUACCGGCCAGGGGGGUGGUCAGUACCCGGCGAGUCAGGGGGCUCAAUACGCUACGGCCCAGGGCCCGGGCCAGUAUCCGACUGGGGGUCAGAACAGCCUCUAUGGGAGCAACGGUCAGGUCGGCGCGUACGGCUCGCCGGGUCCUGCCGUCCAGGCGGGCCAGACGACCGGCCCCUACGCGGCGACCGGACAGGGGGCUCAGUAUGCUGCGGCCCAGGGCCCCGGCAGCCAGUUUGGCAGUAGCAACUCGAUCAAUCAGUACCCCGGGGGGCAAUAUGGCCAAGGCCAACCUAUUUAUGGGGCCACCCCGCAGGGCCAGGCCCAGAGUCAGUACGGCAGUACGCAGGCUGGUACCGGCGCCAAUCCGUACGGGACCCCCGCGAACCCCGUUAACCAAUUCGCUGGCGGUCACGCGGCCACUGUUAACGCUUAUGCUCCCGUUGGCAGCAGCGGGCCCCCGCCGCCCCCCAUGGGACCGCCGGUCGGGCCCGCCGCCCCGCCUCCGCCUCCACCCCCGCCCGCUCCGAACGCUACCGUCAGCGUCAACGCGACCGCCCCGGCGGCCGGACCGGCGAUCGCCAACAGUUGCUCCUCCGACCCGCAACCCGAUACCAAUUCCCUAGCCGCCGCCCUGCAGGCCGCCAGGCUCAAGAAAAAACAGCAAUCACAACCUGUGGAGAACAGUGGAUCCAGCACCAGUAGCAGCGGCAGCGGGGGUGGAGGAAAUUACGGAACCCUCGGCCGGGGUGGCGGUGGAGGAAUGGCUUCCAUGAUGGACGAGAUGGCCAAAACGCUGGCACGCAGACGCGCCGCCGCAGAAAAGAAACAACCCGAGCAACCACCGGAACCGGAAAGUUCUCCCGAUAAGAAGUCGUGGGACAAGAGCUCUUCCAACAACAAGUUCUCGAACGGUGCAGAGUCACCAAAGACGGCGCGCAAGAGAUUCGGCUCCGCUUCCGAAGAAACGCUUCUGAAAGUUAACGGGGUGAACGAGGGAUCCCUGUUAACGGUCCAAGAAAUGGAGGCUUUUAAAGCAGAAAUAGUCAAGGAAGUUCGCAAGGAGUUCCAAAAAAUGAAGCAAGAGCUCAUCGAUGCAUUGAGGACGGAAUUAAGUAGAAGGUAAAGAUAAGCGGACCAAGCUCGGGAAGAAACGAAGAAUUAACGAACGAAGCGUAGAAGGGAGAUGUUUGACUAGACAGCUCAACCGAAUCAUCAUCGACAACCACGUACAGGUUUUUAUUACAUACUUGCGAAGUGUAGUUAUAUACAUGUAUAUCAGCCAUUUGUGUAUAAGUACAUUUACCUAACAUAAUAUUUUAAGUGGUCACGUCCCUUCGUUAUACGAUUUACCUAUGGUAACAAUCUUCCGGUGUUGGACCAAUUGAGCAUCAUAACCAGUUUUGCUUGUUACGUACAAAGCUUACGAUUCUGUCGUUCGGCGAUGCGCACAAACAAACGACUUGCCAGGUUUUGGCUCGAUUAAAUACCGUCAGGUGUGAGGCGAAGAUUGUUGCGAUGUCUGUAUAACCCUGUAAUAAGAGUGGUUAACGCGAGUCCCUUCCGCGCAAUGUGAAAUCCGGUAAUGCAGCCCUGUAUUUUUGGAAUGUUUCAUAAGAGAAGUGGUUCAUCAGUUUAUCCACGUUUACUGUAUGAACGUGGCAUAUACUAUAAACUAAUGAGAUAACUGUUUAUUGUAAAAAAAAAAAGAAAAGGGAAUACUCAAUUGGUCCUGUAUAGAAAUCUUACGUUAUACAACCGUAUAUCGUUGCUAAUUCAUUGGAACGAGUUUUAUAUGACAAUGGAUACCGAUUUAGGGUAUCAUCGCCAGUGUGAAAUAUUUGUGAACUCGGUCGCCGGGGUUGUGGUAUCGCGACGAUCUACUAAAAGACCUCGAAAUCAAAGCUUUUUAUGAUCCCAUAAUAGAUUUAUCGGUUUCUCUCUCGGUCUUUGUAUGUUGCAACGACAUUGAACACGUCUUAACCCUUUUUCUCGUAGCUGGACCACUCUGUACAUAUCGCACAAAAGCAGUCCUACCUUCGCGUAUCUCGAGAUUUAUUUCUGUAUCAAAUGCCUAUGAAUCCUAGAUCAGACGUCGCUGCGACUGAUUGACAAGGAAAGCGAAACUAGAAAUGAAAAAAAAAUUGAGUAAUAACGCUGGAAUUGCUUUGCCACAGCCUUGGAUCCUCGAGUACCUCAUUACACUCUCUGACAGACGAAGCAGAAUGUAGUCUCGCACACAAAUUUGCUCUCUUUCUCUCAAGGGUUGGGCAGGAUGUGCCUACCUCUGGAGUUAGAGGGAUACCUUCAUCCUGCGGAGAUACAUCUUUCAGCUCGGGUACCCUUACCGAGCAGCAUCCGCGAAUUGCGAUCGAUCAUUCCAAAAUGGAGCCCUCGUCCGAAAGGCAGCAAGCCUCUCGCUAGUUGCGACACAUUUAAACCCUAAACAAUUGUAGAGGAUAAGGUGUUCGCGUCAACGCGAACCGACGACAUUCGUGGCACUUUUCAUUCGAUUUGGGACGAAAAUGGAAAAUCAUUUUGAGUAGUUCCCCCGAUUAUUCGACUCGGAUUAGUUUGUGGAUACUUCGACUCGUCGACGAACGGUCAUUAUUGCCGGGGACACGUUACACGUAAGGUUUCCGCAGACUCUUACUCGCGAUCAAGACUGAACCCCUCCACAAUUAGAUAACUAUAUCUCACGGAUAAGUCAAUGCCGCGUCAGGAUGUGUGAACCUGGAAUCCAGGUUGAGACACAAACAAAAUUAACAGGCUCAUUGGAAUGUUUCUGUAAUGUAGACGUUUCUGCUAUGUUGAGUUUUGUUUGUACCUUUUUUUUUUACAAAAAUCAGAGCUGUUAAAAAAAAUAACCAAAUUCUGAAAAUGACCUGCUUGAACCUUGAGCCACAGAAAAAAAAGAUCAUAAAAAUAGUGAAAAGGAAGAUUUUAACGUUUUCAACUUUAAUUUUGUUCACUGCCAAGGACUACUGCUAUCGGUCCCAAAAAAUUCUGAGCAUAAACACUCCCGCGAUUAACUUGCGUAAAUUAAUGCAAGCCACUUCAAGAACUAAGCCAUGGAGAAAAAUCUUGAAAAUGGUCAUUUUAACGUUUUCAAGGUUCUGGGAGGCUCUGAAUUUUCCUAACGUCAGAGAACCCAUUAGAGUCGAAAAAUCCAAAUUUCCACGAUUUCGGAAUUUGUUUAUCUUUUUGAACAGCUUUGGGUUUUGUAUAGAAAUGCCACAAAGAAAACUCAACAUGGCACAAACGUCUACAUCACGGAAACAUUCCAAUAAGCCUGUUAAUUUUGUUUGUGCCUCAAACUGGAUUCCAGGUUCACACAGCCGUCGCGUCACUCUUUUGAUAGCUAAACUUUCGAACGCACAUGUACAACUAGCGAGCGUCGUCGACGUCGACGGUGCACGGAUGAAACGGCCCAGAAUCGACAAUUGUCAAGGCCGACUAAACGCCGGUGAUUAUUUGUGUAAAUGAUCGUUUUCGGAGUAACACGAACAGGAAGCUGCGAGCUCUUGCGUCUGAUCGUAUCGCCGAGAAUUUUUUUUAUACGAGACACGGGUCGCACACGACUUGGCGUUAGGAGGAUGCGAGCUCUGUAUAUGAUGAAUUGUAACGUCACUUCGAUAGGUUUAUUGUCACGCUGCUUCGCGAGCACUCGAUUCGUAAGAUUUAGCGAUUUACCCGGAAUUAAGCACUCUUCGCCUUCGUUUAAGUAUCGUCAUUGUUAGCCGUGUAUUUAGGGUACUCCGCAUUGAAAAGCAACCGGCGAAUCACCCUUCUCGGGAGCGUUUCUGGUAAAUCGUAUGAAGCCCCUAGAAGCUUUGGCCUUUUUUUACACCGUUAGGCGGAAUUUAGACUCAUAGGGAUGCAAGGAAAAAUUGGAAUUGUAAUAGGUAUUCGAAGAGAGAUAUGGCCGCUCUGGCCACGGCGACUGAAUCGCUUUUUCUUAUGUAUUUUUACAUAUUUUUCUACUCGUCUAAUUAACGUCUCGUAGGAUUAACGAAAUCAUUUGACGUUCUCCCUCCGAUGGAUUUGUGAACGAGAUCUUAUUCCUCGCGGGCGAUGGCGGCAACUGCGAGCGCGAGCUGGACGCGCUCGUAAAUUCGGAAAGAAACGUCGGUAUUCAAUAAAUUACUGUCGCGGAUGAAAUACCUAUGACAAUGCUACUUUUUUCAUGUACACGCUUUGGAAGGACUUUUGGUACGUUUGCGAGAUCAUGGGAGAGAUCUAUGUGCUCCUCAGGGUCUUGCACGCUUUAUGCAAACCGGAAAGCUUGAUCGCACUUCACCGAUGUGUAGACGGCUUAAAUAAUUCUCUUCUUCUUCUUCUUCUUCGUUUCUUCUAGUUCGAUCCCUAAGCGAUGAAAAUGAAAGCUAUGUGUCGCAUCCCUAGAUAAGUUAGGAAUGCACGCGCGACGUCGCGCGUUACGAGUUGUAAGGUUAAUUGUAUUUAUAGCUGAGACGCGGUAAUGGAAAUGUGUUUUCUAGUCCGAGGGAGAGGGAAGACCAUUUUACGAUGAUCUCGGUGAAGCGCGGUGAAGCUUUUCCUUUUUAAAGUCGCGUCGCUCGCCGCGACCUCUCGCAAGUACACAUUCGGUUUAGGAUCGUUAAGCUUUAUCACGUUUUAUUCCUUAACAACGAUUGCCUCUCUUCGCGUACGGCUUUUAGUACACAGCCUAGGACUUUAUAUUAUCCUUUUUCUACUUUCUGAUAAGUAUAUACAUAUAUACAUACAUACAUAUAAAUAUAUCGCCCCCUUUUUAGCAUCUCUUUGAUACUUCAACUUCUUUUGUACAUAUUCUUAUAUACGGAUCUUCCACUAUAAUAUAUAUUUAUUUUUUACUUUCCACGCGAAACUCUAACGUUGCAUAUGGCGUGAAGUGCGCGCCAGGUCCGAUUAAAAGGAGCAAUGUAGAAUUGCGCGUAAAACUCUCGCCUUCAUUGUCCGUUUCGCGAGAUGUAUCAGCCGGUAUGGAAUUCGAUGAUCGUCGAAAGUGCCGCGCAAGGGAACUGGAAAAUUCGCACAAAGGCUCGAAAAAUUAUUUAUUUACCCUCGGAGCACCGUUCACUCGACCUGGACUAGACUUAUAGUCUUCGAAUAUAUUCCUAUAACCGGCCUUUCGUUCCCCCGUUAGCGAGACGCGAUUUGCGUUGCUCUUUUCGUUGGUUUAUUUUAUAUAUUUCUAUUUCUCAUCGCGCAAUUCUCGAGCCCCGUAUCUCAAACAUCGUGAACGAACUACGCUGAUAGUGCAUUUCUACACAUGUGAUUACCGUACGCGAACACGAUUUUUGGAUGUCAUUCCAAGCUAUAAGUUAGAAUCGUUAGGAGGUAGUAAGAGAGAGAGGCUGUUUCACGCACCGUGGGAAGAUUUCCCACGUCUAUUCCUCAUUUAUACAUGUAUACAUUCUGUUUAAUACAUUUCUUUUACUUUCUCGCAAGGUAACUUAAGAGCGCGGAAACAGUCAGCUCGGCAGGAACAGUUUAGUAUUAGGCGCAUUUACGUGGUACGAGUGUAACGUUCUAAUAGUUAAACACUUUAAACGGGAGUAUUACGAGUGAUUGUUGUUACUAAAGAGUAAUUUAAAUACUGCCGAGUGCACGUGCGAUUACUGAUUACCGAUUAACUGCCCGCCAAGGAGAGCCCGACACGACACCGAUAUCGCGAUUAUCGCGCGAUCGCAGUAAAUUACUCUCUAUACGAGGUACGCAAGUACACGGCGAAAGCACUCGUUAAGUGCCUGGCACGAAUUCGUAUACACGGAGAAUACGAUUAAUUUAUUAUAAAGCGUUCUCCGUGUAUUCGCGAUUGCUCAUUCCCGCGUACACGUGUCUCCGUUGCGCUGCAAAAUCGCCCUGUUUUGCGAACCGCUUGAUUUGCACAUUUGUACAAAAAAGAAGGUAUCGACGCGAGUUGCCCCCUCCCUUUUUUAAUGGUCACGAUGUACUUAUACGGUGCACUCUGCGUGCGGAUAUAUAUUAUACAUAUAUAAAUAUAAACAUACCUUCGGCGGCAUGCUCGGACGCCUGUGAACUCUGCUCACCCGACGUGUGCGUACAGUAUUUUACGAGUCUACGUAGAAUCGUCCUUAAGGAGAGAAAUCGAGUUAAGUAGUCGGUUAAAGAUUAACUUGUUAAGUAUUAAAUUGACGGACGGAGUGAUAGGUGUUGCCGGAACAGAGGGCCAUUUAUGCGCCUAAUCGCAAUCGUUUUAUUGCCCGACGUUUUCUACAAACGAGCGUUUUGUCGGAUCCAUUUGAUUCGGUAAAUUGGGUGCUCUCGUUGAAUCCAUUGAAUUCGUCAAAUUGAUGAAAUUAAUGAAAUUCAUCAAAUUCGUUAAAUUCAUGAAAUCGAUGAAAUUCAUUGAAUUCAUUAAACUCAUUAAAUUCAUUACAUUGAUGAAAAUCAUGGAACUCGUUAAAUUCAUUAAAUUUAUGAAAUUCAUUGAAUUCAUUACAUUCAUUAAGUUGGAAGACUGCCUCCUCGGACUGAAUCUCAACUCGGACAUUCCGCCAAUUUUCCACUUUUAUACUUUGAACGUUUCAAGCCUGCGUUUCCAUUAAGAGCAUGCAGCGGUAGAAGUGAUCUCUCAUCCAACUUUAAUGAAUAUUUCUGUAUCUCCUUAUGAGCACGAUACGGCCAGACUCGCAGGUAUCUGGGGUCGAAUUCGCUACAUUUAAAUGACCUUGAUGAUGAAUUCACCGUUAAAAUGCACAGUGCCUUGAUUUCGAGGAAAUUCGAAGCCAUCAUUACCGGACGUACCGUAACCGAUAAUAUACUAUGUACUGCGUACUGCCAGGAUCGCGAGGAUCCAGCUUUUUCGGCAACGUUUAUCAUCUCCCUUGACGAGCACGUUACAAUCGAAUAUAAAUAGAUAGCCAUGUAAUUUAACGUCGGUCUAUUCAGAAUAAGUGCUGGUUCUUUUUCUCUCGCUCGCGGACGCGAAGGAGUCUUCGAGUCCGCAUCUCUGCCUUCGAAAAUGCCGGGAAAAAAAAAAUUCAGGCCGUCCGAUGCCGGCUGGAAGAAGCCGAUUAACGAUUAUCGAUAUAUUACGCUCUCGUGGAUCGAUAUAGACGGGUCUGAAUAAUUCUUUUCGGCAUUUCCGAAGAUCAGGGUGACCGAAAAUCAGGAGCACUCGUCCGAGCCCCGAUUCCCCGCGCAUUGCGAAUAUAAUUAUAUACAAGCGAGCUUCGGCAUAAACGAAUAGUUUGCUAACCGUUGUUGAUUCGCGUUAAUACUGUAAGAAAAUGACUUUGUAACUAAACCGACGCCUCGCUGCGUAUAAAUAUGAUUGACUCGAGAGGAAGAGUGAUUUUGACAACGCCGCGUAGUAUUUGGGUAGCGAUUAAGUAACUGAAGUAAUUUGUAAACGACUUUACCACUAGUUGCGCGCAAGUGAGCGGAUAAUAACGAUAAGACUAUUCCGUUUCUUAACGCGCAUAUUGAAAAUAUUUGUAUGUAAAUGAAUGACAAACAAUAAAAGUAUAUAUGCUGUA